AUGAUUCAUAUUGGUCAUCCUGUUUUUGUCGAGGCUAUAGUUCCUCCUCCGUUUCCUUCAUGCUUCUUUUUCCUGUGGCAAGAAAAUCGGUUCAAGAUGGCAAAAGUGAAAUGUUCUGAAUUAAGGACCAAAGACAAAAAGGAGCUGAUGAAACAGCUCGAUCAGCUCAAAACAGAAUUGACCACUCUACGAGUGGCCAAAGUAACUGGAGGAGCUGCUUCAAAGCUGUCUAAGAUUCGUGUUGUAAGGAAAGCUAUUGCACGAGUGUAUAUUAUUAUGCACCAGAAGCAAAAAGGAAAUCUUCGCUUACUAUACAAAAAUAAAAAAUAUAAACCUCUUGAUUUGAGGCCCAAGAGAACAAGGGCUCUACGCCGUGUUCUUACACCGUAUCAAGCCAGCAGGAAAACCAUGAAGGAGAUACGCAAGCGUUCUGCAUUUCCACAAAGAAAGUAUGCUUUGAAAGCAUAGUAUGUUAUGUAUGUUUUUAAUUACUAUUCGAAAUAAAAAUUGCAUAAAAAUAU